CAACUUGAGCUCGAGCUCUCGUCGAUCCUCGUCGUCGUAGCUCCAUUUGCUCCACAAGCGGUCGUCGUUUUCGUUUGGCGAAACCUCAUUAAAGAUCCCCAAGUCCCAACCUUUCCAUCCAACUUCAAUCCCCCCAUCAAAAAUCAACGUUACCCCCACAACCCCAAUCCCCAAAAUCUCUCCCCUGUUCCUCCCCUCUUUCCCCCAUUUCUGCUGAGAAAGCACCCAUUUCUGAGAACGUCCCGUUUCGUCACCGGAGUUGGUGAUUCGAGGUGAAUCCCUCAGGGGGAUGAUGUUCCCCCCUUUGGGUCGAGCUUGAAUUGAGCUGGGUGUCGUUGGUGGUGGUGGUGGUGGGGAUGAUGAUUGAAGGGAGGAGGAUAUCGGCGAGCCCUAGGCCGUGCUCCGGCCGGAGAGUCGUCGCCAAGAAGAGGCCGCGCGGCGAGGGGUUCGUGAACAGCGUGAAGAAGUUGCAGAGGCGAGAGAUUCGCUCCAAGAGGGAUCGCUCGUUCAGCAUGAGCAAUGCCCAGGAGAGGUUUCGCAACAUGCGAUUGACGGAGGAGUACGACACCCAUGACCCCAGUGGACAUUGUUCACCUGUAUUGCCUUUCCUGAUGAACAGGACAAAAGUUAUUGAGAUAGUGGCUGCACAUGACAUUGUCUUCGCUCUUAACCAUUCAGGUGUUUGUGCGGCUUUCAGCAGAGAAUCAAAUGAGAGGAUAUGUUUCUUGAAUGUUACUCCUGAUGAAGUCAUUCGGAGUUUGUUUUACAACAAGAACAAUGAUUCGCUUAUUACAGUUUCAGUAUACGCUUCUGACAACUUCAGCUCCUUGAAAUGCAGAUCUACUAGGAUCGAAUACAUAAGGAGGGGCCAACCAGAUGCUGGAUUUGCUCUUUUUGAAUCAGAAUCCUUGAAGUGGCCUGGCUUUGUGGAGUUCGAUGAUGUAAAUGGGAAGGUUCUUACUUACUCGGCGCAAGAUUGUAUAUACAAGGUCUUCGACUUGAAAAACUAUACAAUGUUGUAUUCCAUCUCGGACAAGGAUGUGCAAGAAAUAAAAAUCAGUCCAGGUAUCAUGCUACUGAUUUUUAAUAGAUCUGCUAGCCACGUUCCUCUUAAGAUACUGUCAAUAGAGGAUGGAACAGUCCUCAAGGCCUUCAACCACCUACUUCAUCGCAAUAAGAAGGUGGACUUCAUAGAACAGUUCAAUGAGAAGCUUCUGGUCAAGCAAGAAAAUGAGAAUCUCCAAAUACUUGAUGUUCGAAAUGCGGAAGUAAUGGAAGUUAGCCGGACGGAAUUUAUGACUCCAUCAGCAUUCAUCUUUCUUUAUGAGAAUCAGCUGUUCUUGACAUUUAGAAAUAGAACUGUCUCGGUGUGGAACUUCCGCGGGGAGCUCGUGACUUCAUUUGAAGAUCACCUGUUGUGGCAUCCUGAUUGCAACACUAAUAACAUCUACAUAACGAGCGAUCAGGAUCUUAUAAUUUCUUACUGCAAGGCCGAUUCUGAUGAUCACUGGACAGAAGGGAAUGCUGGAUCGAUCAAUAUCAGCAAUAUCUUGACGGGGAAAUGCCUGGCCAAGAUAAAUGCUACUAAUGGCAGUCCAAAGGUCGACGACUGUAGCAGCGAUGGUGAGAACUUGAAGAAGCCGAAGCUGCUUGGCGGGAAGUUGAAGAAGCCAAGUCUGCCGAGCCACUCUCAGAGGAUGAGAAGCACGGUCUCAGAGGCCCUGGAGGACAUAACUGCACUUUUCUAUGACGAAGAGCGGAACGAGAUAUACACCGGUAACCGCCGUGGCUUAGUUCACGUAUGGUCUAAUUGAGGAACUUGUCGAUUCAGCCGACGUGUGGGCAACCUGCAAAAAUGGGCAUCGCAGGUAGAAAAGCUGUGGCGCACCUCAAACCCCCUUUGAUGGGUGAUGAUUGCGACGCACGUAGGAAAGUAUAUUCGAAGUGCAGGCCAUGUUGUAACAUUAAUAGGUGUCUCUUAGGAUUUGUUUGAUGAUAGCCUAUUGAAGAUCUGUUGUAUUUCGGGGUAGAACGCUAAUACCAAUUGCCAGAUAUCAAGACUUGUAUGUUUCAGAGAUUCUUGUGAGAUUCUUCGAUCUGUGUCGUCAAUUCGAGAUUUGCCCUCUUACUAAUACCGUUGGUUUGCUGUUUAUUA